GGAAAGGGCGGCUUCCGGGAUAUGGCGGGGCCUUUGUCUCUCGCUGCACCCAGAGCUCCAGAUCUCGUCGUCAGUGCUCUGUGUCCUCUGCUCCUAGAGGCUCAGCCUCUGUGGCCCUGUGACCUGCAGGUAUUUGGACAUCCACUGCUAAGACGCCAGGACCCCCCGGAAGCCUAGAAAUGCCAUCAUUGACAUUUAUGGAUGUGGCCAUAGAAUUCUCUCUGGAGGAGUGGCAAUGCCUGGACAAAGCACAGCAAAAUUUAUAUAAAAAUGUGAUGUUAGAGAACUACAGAAACCUGGUCUUCCUGGGUAUUGUUGCCUCUAAGCCAGACCUAAUUACCUGUCUGGAAAAAGAAAAAGAGCCCUGGAAUAUGAAGCAACAUGAGAUAGUGGAUGAACCCCCGGUUAUGCGUUCUCAUUUUGUUGAAGAACUUUGGCCAGAGCAAAACAUAAAAGAUUCUUUCCAAAAAAUGAUACUGAGGAGAUACAAUAAAUGUGGACAUAAGAACUUACAAUUAAAUAAAGGCUGUAGAAGUGUGAAUGAGUGUAAGCUGCACAAAGGAGGUUAUAAUGGACUUAAUCAAUGUUUCACAACUACCCAGAGCAAAAUAUUUCAAUGUUAUACAUAUAUAAAAGUGUUUCAUAUAUUUUCAAAUUCAAAUAGACCUAAAAUAAGACAUACUGGAAAGAAACCUUUCAAAUGUAAAAAAUGUGGCAAAUCAUUUUGCAUGCUCUCUCAACUAACUCAACAUGAAAGAAUUCAUACUGGAAAGAAACUCUACAAAUGUGAAGAAUGUGGCAAAGCCUUUAACUGGCCCUCAAUCCUUAGUCAACAUGAGAGAAUUCAUACUGGAGAGAAACACUAUAAAUGUGAAGAAUGUGGCAAAGCAUUUAAGCAGUCCUCAAGCCUUACUAGACAGAAGAGAAUUCAUACUGGAGAGAAAUACUACAAAUGUGAAAAAUGUGGCAAAGCCUUUAACCGUUUCUCAAACCUUACUAUGCAUAAGAUAAUUCACACUGGCGAGAAACCCUACAAAUGUGAAGAAUGUGGCAAAGCCUUCAACCGGUCUUCCAUCCUUACUAUGCAUAAGAUAAUUCAUACUGGAGAUAAACCCUAC